GACAGCCUGACUCCCCGGGCCAACAGCUGCGUUGCCCGGCUGGGAAAUCCGACAGGGGUCGGUCAAAGACGGAGCGGAAGAAAGAUCCUCGGAGAAGAGAAACAAAAAGGUGCUUGACUGUCAAAACGAAGAAGCGGGAUAGGUGAAAGUAUACGACUGGUUGUUUUUGUUUUUCCUUCAGCACUCGGGGAAAUGUUUUGGCAGUGAUAGGUGGGACAGGAUAUUCAUUUUUAUUCUGUUUUUCUCCAUCGCUCUCACUGCGCCGAUACUCUAGGCUAAAUCCUCCUGCCGAGCAUCGUAACGGACUAGUCGCACCCCUGCUGCUCUGCCGCUCUCCCCUCCUUAGAGCGGCUCGAGCUCCGGAUAAACGUGUGUGGAUGCUGUGGUGCUUUCUCGUACAUGUUUACAUCAAAAUCGCGUCUCCGGUGAGGUAGAUAAACAAGGAUAAGAUCAGGAAAUAGUGAAACAGCAACAAAAAAAUGUUUUAUUGAGUGAGGUAGAGGGAGGCUGUGGUGUAUAACGCACACAAGGAGCAGGAGAGGAGGAGGCGCAGCAGGAGCAGAACCAAAAACCUGCAGGUUUUGUUCAGCCUGUGGGGAUGAGGACGAGGAGGGACGUAACACAUCCAAGGGUGUCAGUGUGAUAAGAGGAGAGGGAGCUGGAAGAGGAAAAGGCACUAAAGCGCGAGGUUGUUUCCGAUCCAAGGAGGCGUCGAUGGCGGGGAAAGGGACCGGGGUUCACGCACUCCGACAGCCGACCGCUGCCCUGUCAGCAGCCGCAGCAGCAUGAGGAGGAGGAGCUCAGAGUAAACACAGAGGAGGUGACCCUUAUCAUAUCCUGAAGGAGACGAGACAUAGAGCAUGACCUUGUGUUUGUCUACAGUGCCAAGGAAGAGCCAGGAAGAAGCCUUGGCAAGAGAAUCAUCGCCUUCCUAGCUCCAUCAGGAGCCCCUAUAACCCUGUUGCAAGCUGCACUGGGGGGCUCAAACAUUCCCCUGACUUCACCAGGGGGCUCACUCCAACCCAUCUGCCAGCUCCAAUAACCCUCUGACUGUUGGCAACCACAUGUUUGAGGCGACUGUGUGUGACCGCCGCCGCCCAUUCUCGAGCAGCAGCAGCAGCAGCUUCCUGCGACCCCGAUCUGCACCAUGCAGUGGAGACGGCGGCACUGCUGUCCCAUCAAGAUGACCUGGACCGUCAAGCGUUCGCUCUUCCGGACCCAUGUGGCCGGCCUCCUCUCGCUGGCUCUGCUCUUCACCCUCUUCUUGUUUUUCAGCCACCAAGACUGGCUGCCAGGACGCAGUGGACCCCGGGAAAACCCACUGGCCUACACCGUCAGGGGCUUCCGCAGCCCCAAGGGAGAAGCCAACCAGAGCAGCUCCCUGAGGAGCCUGUGGAGGGAGACGGGGUAUGUAGCGCCAAAGCCUCUGCUCAACCUCAGCUCUCAGCAGGCGGAUGGGGCGGCGGGGGAGGCAGCAGCAGCAGCAGCAGGGGGUGGAGGAGCCAGGAUGGGCGUAAUGGGGCUCGGGGACUCUAUGAGCACUAACAACAGUUUACAGAAGGAGAUAGGCGUGGGAGGGAGGCUCAGCGCUCAGCCCUACCGCUACAUCCUCAACGAGCCUUUCAAGUGCAGGGACAACAUGCCCUUCCUCAUCGUCCUCAUUGCUGCAGAACCUGGCCAGGCCGAUGCCCGCAACGCCAUCCGCCAGACAUGGGGGAAUGAGAGCGUAACAAUGGGCCUGGGGUUUGUCCGUCUUUUCUUGCUCGGCACAGGAAAGAGCUCAGACACCUACCUCCAGAGCAGCAUAGAGGACGAGAGCCGCGUUCACCACGACAUCAUCCAACAGGAGUAUCAGGACACUUACUACAACCUGACCAUUAAAACCCUGAUGGGCAUGAACUGGGUGGCCACCUAUUGCCCACACACCUCCUAUGUGAUGAAGACAGACAGCGACAUGUUUGUCAACACAGAGUAUCUCAUCCAAAAGCUGCUGAAGCCCGAGCUGCCUCCCAAGCAGAGGUACUUCACUGGCUACCUGAUGAGGGGCUAUGCACCAAACCGAAACAAGGACAGCAAGUGGUACAUGCCGCCGGAGCUGUACCCAAGCGAGCGCUACCCGAUAUUCUGCUCAGGCACGGGGUACGUGUUCUCAGGGGACAUGGCCGAGCUGAUCUACCAGGCCUCUCUCAGUAUACGCAGGCUGCACCUGGAGGACGUUUACGUGGGGAUCUGCCUGGCGAAGCUGCGCAUCGACCCGGCGCCCCCUCCCAACGAGUUCCUCUUCAACCAUUGGCGGGUGUCUUACUCCAGUUGUAAGUACAGCCACCUGAUCACAUCGCAUCAGUUCCACCCCAAUGAACUCAUCAAGUACUGGAACCACUUGCAGAGCAACAAGCACAACGCCUGCAUCAACGUGGCCAAGGAAAAGAACGGCAGGUACAGACACCGAAAGUUUCAUGGAGAGAGGCCUCCUUGAUGCAACCUGUGACUACCACCUGCCUCAAAAAGAAGGGAGAUGGGCGCACUGUAACUACAGCCGAAGGAGGGCAUAUCGAACUCAGCACUAUACACUAUAUGGGGAAAAGCACAUUGUUUUUGGUAUUGUGUACAGUCGAUGAUCCAAACUAUUUUUUUAAUUUGAGAAAAAAAAUGUUAUGUAUUGUAAACCUGUUAAGCUAUUUCUAAAAGGAGGAUCGGAGGACAUGUCUGCGAUGUAGAGCUUGCACAAAAAAGUGCUGCUGCUUAAGAGUGGUGUUUAUGAUAAUUCAGGUGCCAACAGAAACGUGUUAAUUCAUGCUACAGUUAAUGUGAGGGCUCUCCUUGAAAGGAUGGUACUGUAUGUCGCACUCUACGAAUCUAAAGAAAAAAAAAUAUUGAAGACACAAUUGUGUUUACACAGACAAAGGGAAAUGCACAUGUAUUUUGUCGACAGUUACACUACCUAAAUAUGACUGAAAGUAUCUUUGACGUUGACCAGUUAUGCUGCCCUGUUUCUCAGUGUUUACUUUACAGAUUUAUCAAAGAAUACAACACUAAAGAAAAGGUUUCUGUCAUAUACUGUACUUUGUUUUAAAAAAAAUCUACAUGAAAGCACUCAUGUCAUGUCAGAGAUGACUGAGAUUGUAUUUUUUAAAGCUUUACAUUGAGUAUGACUGCACUUGAGCAACUGUGCAACGAAUUAAUUAACAAUUAAAUGUACUGAACUCAUUUUGCUUGCAGUUUGUGUGAUUCAUCUGGGAUUCUUUUAUGCAAUCAAGCAACUUUAGUAUCAUUAGUCCAUACAAGCCAAGGGCAGCAAAUGUAGUGCACGGACAUAAUUUAAUGUCCCUGCGACCCGUUUUAAGGCACAGUUUCUGAAUACGGGCUUUGUGUAUUUCCCCAUGGAUUGAACUUUCGAUACUUUCACAAUAUCUUUUCAGCAAAAUAAAAAAGGCUCCCCUUUUACAAUAUGGGACCUUUUAGUUAUUUAGUGAAUAACCAGUUUGAAGCUACAGACAAGAUCCUUUACAUGCCAUUUGUUUAGGGGAAGGUGGGAUCCAAAGAAUACCUCCUUCACGUCACUUCCUAUUAUGAAGAGUGCUCAGACUUCUCCGCUCACCUCUUUUUAGUUUUUGUUUCCACUUUUAUGACUACCAGUGGUUGCAUUGUUACUGAACGAUCUAAAAUGAUAAUUCCGAACGAACCAGGCAAAUGUGUUUUCUACAAACAAAGCCACCGAUCGUUAAAAGAAAAAGGUAAUAUCGUAUUCAGUGGACCUUGAAGAAAUGCAUUAACUUCCAAAUAGAAAAUUGAAACAUUGAGAUAAGUUUAGGUCAGGUAGAAGCAAUGUGAAAACAAUCAGGCUGAGCGAUGACAAAUUAAUUAUACAUCGAACCCUUCAGUGUCCCCUGCAUUAAAUAUUCGGCUGCAAAACACCGAAGUUUAGAUUUUAAUUGAAAAUGAAUGCAUAUGAUUUUGAAAGGCUGCCAGUGUUUCUCCAUGAUGGAACUGCCUGUGCAAGUGUGUGUGUGUGUGUGUGUUUGGGUGGAGGGAGGCAAUAAAUAAAUACAUGCCAGAAUGCUCAGGGCCACCAACAAAAAGAGCAUAUAAAAUUGGGUUAAGACUUGAAAUAGCCGAUAUCAGAUUAAGGCAAAUCUAAAUAAACUAAUGGAGAGCCAGGUCUCCUGCGCGUCUGUCAGUCUUUUUUUUAAUCACCUACACGUUUGAGCAAUUCCGUUAAGGGAGCUGUAAAAUGGGUAAAGUUCACACAAUGGUAUAUUUUAAGCCACUAAUCACUAAGCAGCAGAGUCUUAAGGGUGGAGGAGGCUGAAAAGUAGAGACAGCAGAGGGAGAGAAUUUCAAGAUGUUCAUCUCAGAUAAACUGCACAGUGCAAAGAAUUAUUUGAUGCCGGAGCCACAGGCAAGGAAACAACAGCUUUAUGUGUUACUCUGUACACAGUCGUGAGAGAGAUUAUGCCAUAGUACCAGCCUCAGUUCAACAGUUAUCUACAGCGAGACGACAUAUUAUUAUCUCGAAACAGAGUUUCAAGAUGCUAACAGUCAGCUGUAGGAUCUAUACAUUUGCGAAAAUAUCCAUAAAGUGAUCCAAACAACAGAUAUUUGGCUUCACACCUAUUUUAACAUUGUACCAACGAAGUAGCUUUGCCUUUUUCUUAAAAAUAACUUCUUCUACAAAUACACCGAUUACCUGUACUCAGCUUUGAUAUUGACAAGUUUCCAAACUCAUCAAGCUGGCUGCUGUUGACUUGACAAUGUUCAUAUAUGGCUGUGUUUGUUAAGAGGUAUGUCAAGGUUAAAGAGAGCCACAUCACGUGGAAUAGACAGCAACGACUGCUAGAAUGUAUUUAGAGGACUGGCUAAAGUGGCAGUAACUGGCUCAAUACAGAUUUGAAUCCAUGUUUCUUUCAUGGUUUUGUCUAUGAAAUAUAUUAAAUGGAUUAAGUCCAAUUUUACAAUUGAAAAGCAUAGCAAUCUCUUGUCCCCUUGAUUUCCUAUAGGUGACCCUAAUAUAUAGUCUGCUACAUUCAAACCAACUUUCUAUUUCAACCUGUUUGUUAGGUAUGUUGUAUUUACUACCAAACCAAAUCGCUUUACUCUUCACUCGUGGUAUUUUUAUUUUAUUUUGGCAGGGACUCAGAUCUAAACCUGGCUCAUUAUUUUGUAAUUUUGUAAAAAGAUAAUGAAAUAUUUGAUAUUGCUAAUUAGAUAACAAAUGGCAAGACUGUCAACAACAAAAUGACUGUGAAGCAUAAAAUGAACAUCUGAAACCUUGCACAUAACUGAUAAAACUGAUCUUGUAAAGAGUAGUUUCAUAAAGUAAUGCUAACUCGAUGAAAUAAAUUGGCAUGAAUGUGUCUUCAAUGCAUCCAAGAUAUAACUAAUUCACUGUUUCCUUUCAGUAUGGUGGGUUAAGUCCACACCGUCUGAGAGAUUCGCCCCUUUUUUGGCCACAGUGGUGGAGCUUCAUCAAACUGCACGCUCUUGUAGCUGUGCCUCUUGCUGCUUUACUUGCGUGACUGUGGUAUCAACUGAAAGGUUACAGUGUGUACAUUAUACGAGUAGUAAAUCAAAAACAUCCAUGUGUCUCUAACAAUGCCCUGACCAGCCUUUAGGUCUUAUAUUAAAGCAAACCUUUUGGUCACCACACAGGAAAACAAGGACAUCCAAUUUCCUCCUCAAAGCCCCUUCCAUUCCAGCACAGUGGAAUUCAUGAAACACUGAACUGGUCCCAGGUAUUCAUCACCCCCCAUU